UUAGUUCUGAAAAUAACGGCGGGAUCUUAGGAAAUAUCUACGUUUCCGUUGAUCUUUAUUCUAAUCCAGAUCCCAUCAUUCGUUUAGACAUUCUUGGCUGAUAUCCAUCCUUUUGAAGUGAUGGAUCUCACAGACGAUAUUCCAGGAGAGGUAAAAAUCCACAGGAAAGAUUUCCAUCACCCAUACACUCCUUAUCCAAUCCAAGAAACAUUCAUGCAAACUGUAUAUGAUGUUUUGGAACAGGGAAAAGUAGGGAUUCUAGAAAGUCCGACGGGUACGGGCAAGAGUCUGAGUUUGAUUUGUGGGAGUCUAACUUGGUUGAGGGAUUUUAAGAGGAGGGAAUUUGAGGGGAUUUUGAAUGAAGGGUUUCAAAAUGCAGAGGAGCCGGAGUGGAUGAUUGAGGCGGCGAAGGUGAGGAAGAAGAGGGAGUUGGUUGGCAGGAGGGAGGAGAUGGAGAGGAAGUUGGGGAGGAUUAGGGAGAGGGAGAGAUAUGAGAGGGAUAGGAUGAGUGAGAAUGGGAAUGGGAAUAUGAGGGGUGGGAAGAGGAGGAAGGUUGGAGGAGAUGGGGAAGGAGAUCUUGUGGGAGGUGGUGGUGCCGGUAAUGAAGACGAAUUUUUACUAGAGGAAUGGGAUAGUGAUGGGGAGAUUGGUGGUAACGGGAAGAAGAAAACUGGAGACGAGGCAAUUUUCUCGAAAGAGACGUUGGAGUUGAAGAAGAGUAUAGGCAUGUGGAGUAAGAAAGUAGAAGACGAAGAAGAGGAACCAGAUGAUGAGAUGAAGGUUUUGAGAUACCUUAAUCAUCUUGGAUCAACUACUAACAUCUAAUAGAUUUUCUACUGCUCGAGAACUCAUUCCCAACUAACUCAAUUCAUCAACGAACUCCGACGUGUAGAGUUCCCAUCAUCCAUGCCACCAGAAGACCCCCCAUCAAAAACCACAGAAAAAAGUAAAGAUAACCUUCAUGAACACCUCAAACACCUUACUCUCGGUUCCCGCAAAAAUCUCUGCAUCGAUCCUAAAGUAAAUAAACUCAAUUCAGUAACAGCCAUAAACGAACGUUGUGCGGAACUUCAACAAUCUUCUACCCCAAAAGAACACAAAUGUUCUCAUCUCCCAAAUAAAGAUAACAAACCCCUCGUCACAACCUUCCGCGAUCAUGCACUGGCUACCAUUCGCGAUAUCGAAGACAUGGGAGCUCUAGGGAAGGAAAUCUCAAUUUGUCCAUACUAUGCCUCACGAUCUGCUAUCAAACCCGCGGAAAUAGUUACACUUCCCUAUCCGUUACUUUUGCAGAAAAGUGCGAGGGAAUCAUUGGGGAUUAGUCUUAAAGGACAUGUAGUGAUUAUAGAUGAAGCGCAUAAUUUGAUGGAUGCGAUAGCGGGUAUUUAUGGGACGGAAAUGUCGUUGAAGGAGUUGAAAUUGGCGAAAGAGAUGUUGGGUAAUUAUUUCAGGAAGUUUGCUAAGAGAUUGAAGGGGAAGAAUAGAAUUUAUGUAGCUCAGGCUAUAAGGGUUGUGGAUAGUUUGGUGGGUUAUUUGUUGAGGAGGUUGGAGGGGACGGUAUGUGUUACUCUUUUUGGUUCUGGGUUUACUCUAUGGACUAUGUGAUAUGAGGAAGACGAAGAAGUAUUGCAAGAUAAGUGGAUGUGGAUGUUGAUUUGCUAACAAACUGAUUAGGAGAUAGAUGGAGUAGUCGAUCAAAAAGAACUUCUAGCCGGAAAAGGAGCCGAUCAAAUUGAUCUCUUUAAAUUAAUCCGAUAUCUCCAAGAAAGUAAAUUAGCCCGCAAAGUCGAAUCCUACACCGAACACACACGAAGCAUAAAACAAGCAUCCACAUUACCACACCACAACAAAGAACCCCUCAAAUCAACAACUCCCAUCCUACACACCCUCACCUCACUCCUCCUCGCCCUCACCCACCCAACAACCGAAGGCCAACUCUUCUUCCUCAAACCCACAUCCCCAUCUCCCUCUCUCUCCCUGGACCUCAUAACCCUCAAAUUCCAACUCCUCAACCCAGCCUCACACUUCGAAUCCAUCGUAAGCUCAGCACGAGCCAUCAUCCUAGCAGGCGGAACCAUGUCCCCCUUUUCAGACUACACCUCUAUCCUCUUCCCCUCCAUCCCCUCGCAUAAAAUCACCACAUUAUCCUGCGGCCAUGUCAUUCCCAAAACUAAUCUCUUUGCCAGUACAGUAUCGAGAGGUCCAACCGGGAUCCCUUUUAAAUGGACAUUUGAUAAAAGAGGAAAUACCGAUAUGAUGGAUGAAUUAGGUAGGGUAUUAUUAAAUAUCUGUACGAUAGUUCCAGACGGCGUGGUAGUAUUUUUUCCUUCCUAUAACUUCCUCUCUACAAUCCUCUCGAGAUUUUCGAUACCGAAUCCUGGAGCUAGCACUGGAAAUGCAAGUGCAACUGAAAAAGGAAAAGCAAAAACAAUCCUAGAAAGACUAUCAGAAAAAAAACAAAUCUUCCAAGAAUCCAAAGAAGAAAGCGUAGAAACCAUCCUAGCGAAUUACGCAAAGGGUAUCGCAGAAGGAAAGGGUGGAUUAUUAUUUAGUGUGGUAGGAGGAAAAUUAAGCGAGGGAAUUAAUUUUAGUGAUGCGUUGGGGAGAUGUGUAAUGAUUGUUGGAUUACCAUUUCCGAAUAUGCACACGGCGGAAUGGAGGAGGAGGUUGAGGUUUAUUGAGGAGAGUGCUGUGGAGAGAUUCUCGAGAAGAAGAAGAGAAAUGAAAGGAGAAUAGGUGAGAAGAAUUAGGAAAUGGGAGGAGAAAUAAAGAAUCUAAGAUGGAAAAGGAUUUGGAUGAGAGAUAUAGGGGAGA